CGCACCUCUGGCUGCCUUGGUUACCGUUGGUGUUAGCGAAUCGUCUGCGGCACCUCCUUCGCUCGCGACCAGCGCCUCAGACUCCCGCGGCGGUUCGAUACGCGCGCGCCCGUGUCACGUGGGCCGAAGCUUCUUUGCGGUCGCUGACUGGCGGCUGAGGCGGGAGGAAGGAGCUGCGGCCGCUGCUUACCCUCCCUCUGUACCCUACGGCGGGCGCGGUGAUAAAAAUGGCGAAAUGGGGGUAGCUGGCACAGAACCUGAGGAGAUGAGGCGCGCUAGUGGGGCAGUUGUCUGAACCCCUUGAUUUGGGUGCCGGGUUGUUCUUGGCUGUUUGACCUGACGACCUCGGGCCGGCGGUUGUUAGGGCAGACCACGGACUCCUGCGGGUCGCCGAGGGCCCCGCCGAGAGCCUGAGGCAAUGGAUGAGCAGAGUGUGGAGAGCAUUGCUGAGGUUUUCCGAUGUUUCAUUUGCAUGGAGAAAUUGCGGGAUGCUCGCCUGUGUCCACAUUGCUCCAAGCUUUGUUGUUUCAGCUGUAUUAGGCGCUGGCUGACAGAGCAGAGAGCUCAGUGUCCUCAUUGCCGUGCUCCACUCCAGCUACGAGAACUAGUAAAUUGUCGUUGGGCAGAAGAAGUAACACAACAGCUUGAUACUCUUCAACUCUGCAGUCUCACCAAACAUGAAGAAAAUGAAAAGGACAAAUGUGAAAAUCACCAUGAAAAGCUUAGUGUAUUUUGCUGGACUUGUAAGAAGUGUAUCUGCCAUCAGUGUGCACUUUGGGGAGGAAUGCAUGGUGGACAUACCUUUAAACCUUUGGCAGAAAUUUAUGAGCAGCAUGUCACUAAAGUGAAUGAAGAGGUAGCCAAACUUCGUCGACGUCUCAUGGAACUGAUCAGCUUAGUUCAAGAAGUGGAAAGAAAUGUAGAAGCUGUAAGAAAUGCAAAAGAUGAGCGUGUUCGUGAAAUUAGGAAUGCGGUGGAAAUGAUGAUUGCACGAUUAGACACACAGCUUAAAAAUAAGCUUAUAACACUGAUGGGUCAGAAGACAUCUCUAACCCAAGAAACUGAGCUGUUGGAAUCCUUACUUCAGGAAGUAGAGCAUCAGUUGCAGUCUUGUAGUAAGAGUGAGUUGAUAUCAAAGAGCUCAGAGAUCCUAAUGAUGUUUCAGCAAGUUCAUCGAAAGCCCAUGGCAUCCUUUGUUACUACUCCUGUUCCGCCAGAUUUUACCAGUGAAUUAGUACCGUCUUAUGAUUCAGCUACUUUUGUUUUAGAGAAUUUCAGCACUUUGCGCCAGAGAGCAGAUCCUGUUUAUAGUCCUCCUCUUCAAGUUUCAGGACUUUGCUGGAGAUUAAAAGUUUACCCGGAUGGAAAUGGAGUUGUGCGUGGUUACUACUUAUCUGUGUUUCUGGAACUCUCAGCUGGCUUGCCUGAAACUUCCAAAUAUGAAUAUCGUGUAGAGAUGGUUCAUCAGUCCUGCAAUGAUCCUACCAAAAAUAUCAUUCGAGAAUUUGCAUCUGACUUUGAAGUUGGUGAAUGCUGGGGUUAUAACAGAUUUUUCCGGCUAGACUUACUUGCAAAUGAAGGCUAUUUGAAUCGACAAAAUGAUACAGUAAUUUUAAGGUUUCAGGUACGUUCACCUACUUUUUUUCAAAAAUGCCGGGACCAGCAUUGGUAUAUCACACAGUUGGAAGCUGCACAGACUAGUUAUAUCCAACAAAUAAACAAUCUUAAAGAGAGACUUACCAUUGAGCUGUCUCGAACUCAGAAAUCAAGAGAUUUGUCACCACCAGAUAAUCAUCUUAGCCCCCAAACUGAUGACUCCCCUGAGAUACGAGCUAAGAAGUCUGGGUCAUGCUCUGACAUGCUUCUUGAAAGUGCUCCUACUACAGCUUCUAUAAGAGAGACCAAAGAAGAUGAAGAAGAUGAAGAGAAGAUUCAGAAUGAAGAUUAUCAUCAUGAGCUUUCAGAUGGAGAUCUGGAUCUGGAUCUCGUCGGUGAAGAUGAAGUAAAUCACCUUGAUGGCAGCAGUUCUUCUGCUAGUUCCACAGCUACAAGUAACACAGAAGAAAAUGACAUCGAUGAAGAAACUAUGUCUGGAGAAAAUGAUGUAGAAUAUAACAACAUGGAAUUGGAAGAAGGAGAACUCAUGGAAGAUGCAGCUGCUUCAGGACCUCCAGGUAGUAGCCAUGGGUAUGUGGGUGCCAGCAGCCGAAUGUCAAGAAGAGCACAUUUAUGCUCUGCUGCUACCAGUAGUUUAUUAGACAUUGAUCCUUUAAUCUUAAUACAUUUGUUGGACCUUAAGGACCAGAGCAGUAUGGAAAAUCUGUGGGGCUUACAGCCUCGCCCACCUGCCUCAUUUUUGCAGCCCACAGCAUCAUAUUGUCGAAAAGAUAAAGAUCAAAGGAAGCAGCAGGCAAUGUGGCGAGUGCCCUCUGAUUUAAAGAUGCUGAAAAGACUCAAAACUCAUAUGGCUGAAGUUCAGUGUAUGACAACUGAUGUAAAGAAUACACUUUCAGAAAUAAAAAGUAAUAAUACUGCUUCUGGAGACGUGCAGACAGCCCUUUUUUCUGCUGACCAGACAGCUCUGGCUGCGUGUGGAACUGAAAACUCUGGCAGAUUACAAGAUUUGGGAAUGGAGCUCCUGGCAAAGUCAUCAGUUGCCAGUUGUUAUAUAAGAAACUGCUCCCCAGGAAGCUCCCAGUCUGCGAGCAGGCACAGUUCUCCCCGAGGCUUGACACAUGGCAUCAUGAGUGAUAUCCUGCCCAAACCCGAAGACCGGCAGUGUAAAGCUUUGGACUCAGAUGCUGUUGUGGUGGCAGUUUUCAAUGGCUUACCUGUUGUUAAGAUAAGAAAGAAAAUGAUAACCUUGGGGGCUAAUGCUAAAGGAAGUCGUCUGGAAGGAAUGCCAAUAACUGAUUUGGAGAAUAAUUCCGAAACUGGAGAGUUACAGCCUAUAUUACCUGAAGGAGCUUCAGCUGCCCCCGACGAAGGAAUGAGUAGUGACAGUGACAUUGAAUGUGACACUGAGAAUGAGGAGCAGGAAGAGCACACCACCAUGGUUGGAUUUAAUGACUCUUUCAUGGCACAGCCCCCAGGUGAAGAUUCUCAUUCCAGUUUUCCUGAUGGUGAGCAAGUAGGCCCUGAAAAUCUCCACUUCAGUACUGAUGAAAACAGUGGAAGGUAAUUGCCAGAUCAAGGGAAAUGACUUACAAGCUUCCUUGACACUGAAAUUUGUUGUAGUUGGUGCUCAAAUUUGUCAUCAAUCAGAUAAUCAGAUUUAGUGUCAUUUUUGUCUUCAUCUGUACCUGCAAUAGUAAUUGAGAAACUGUUACAAAGUAGCACAAUUCUAGUAGAAGAGAGUAGUAUGUGGGAAAAAAUUAACAGUGCGGGAAGAGUUCUAAUAUAAUAAAAUAGUGUGGCCCUUAAUUUAGCAAAUUAGUACAUUCACAGAAGGCAUUUACUGAAAUGUCAGCUAACUGCCAGAAAGUGUACCAAGGCAAUGCAUGCACGCAUAACUUUCUCUUGUUGGUACUCUUCUGUCUUUGGCUAGAUACUCAAUUGUGUUUAAAUAACUGCCUAAGUAUUUGGGGUUUUAAUCACAGUUUAUAGUUUCUUUUAGGACCUAUGGAGUAGUGAACAGAAAAACUAGUUAUUGAUUCUUUAGAAUAGAAACUUUACAUGAAUAACCAAAGUAACACUAAACGAAAUCUCCUUUUUGGAGUAUGUUGACAGACUAAAAUUUAUUUAUUUACCAUUUCUCUUGUUCAAGUGCAAGAACACUGUUUAAUGGCACAUAAUCUUUUGGCAAAUGUAAUUUAAAAUGAAUUAAUGUGGAUUGGUUAUAUGUGGACAUAUUAUUUAAAUUAAAUGUUUGUCAUUUGAAAUUUUAUUUUUUAUGACAACCUAGUUUCUAUCAUAUGGAUAUACCAUAAUGAUUCCACUGUGAAGCAGUGGAAAAUUUUUUUCUGCCUCUUAAAAUACAACUACACAAAAAAACCCAACUAUAAUACAACAAUAUUUUAAAACCAUCUUUUAUUCCUUAUUUUUAUUGGAUAUUGAUUUCAGUGUCAAAAAUUAAGACUAAUAUAUUGCAGAGUGUCUUACAUCAGAGUGAAACUGUGAUAUAUAUAGUUUUCUUUCAUACAAAGAGUAACCUGCACCCCAAAAUUGCCAAACUUUACCAUUGUGCUCCUGCAUUUGUUUGAGCUGCUAUAUAUUUGUGAAAAUUACACUGAAAGUUGACCAAGAGACUGUUGAAAAAGCAUGAAUAACUAUAUGUACAUGAGAGACAUUGCAUUAGCUUAUAUUUUACUUAAUAUUGUUCAUUUUUUCUUGUUUCAUGUCUUGCUUGAAUGCUAUAAUACAUAGUCUUAUUUUCAAAAUAGUUUGCACUUUUUGUUAAUAAAAGUUAAGUUGAGCAAA